AUGGGAGGUUCUGAAUCAGGUGCUCUUGUAACAAAGGAAUUCUUUGAUGCAGAGAAUCAGCGCAAUUUCCUUGCAAAUAUGGAAUCAGUAAAUCCAAAUGAUGCACUUAGCGUUGAAGAAAAAAUAAAUUCGAAAAGUAGUGGCGUUAAUCGCUUUGUUUUAAUGACAACUGGAAGUACAGGAACAGUGUCGUGCUGGCAGACAAAACACAUCUUUGUUUGCUCAUGGGUUGUUAAUAAAGAACUUCCAAUUUCACAAUUUCAAUUUGUAAAACACAAAUUCCAGGACAUGGAUUUCAUUUCUAUCAAUUUAGACGCUUGUUCAUUUGAUUACAUGAAUUAUUUCAUGGAACAAUCGUAUUUCUUCUUAGGAAGGGACGAAUUCCUGAAAACUAUUGUUGAACUAGCACAGGAGAGCGAUUCACUAUUAAACAGAUACAUCUGGUCACCAUUUAAAGCACCAGAAACAGAAAAACCUGUCUUUGCAACUGCUACUCCAGAUGCAUACGAUAUUGAGGAAGACAACGACAUUAAUUCACAAGCACAAGAAAGAGGUAUCGUCAAUCCAUCAGAAGAUGUCGAAUUACAGUCAGAAGCAGCAGAUCUUGAAAGUGAAUCAGGUGCUUCUGGAAGUUCAAAGGCCAUCCCACAUCCAUUCAUUCCAGAACUUGAAGAUCUCCAAGUUUCUGAUACAGACAGCAGCGUUUUCUAUCCUAUUUCAGAGUAUUCAGAACGUUCACGCGAUUACAACAUUCAGAAUGGCGAAUCAAGUUCAUUUGUUGGUCCUGUUUCAGAAGAUGAAGAAAGUUCAUCAUUUACAGGCGUUUUCGUUAAUGGCAACCAUUAUCAACGUCGUGGCCAAACAACGAACCGCUCCAUCCAACGCGAAAUGCUUGAAGAUUCAGGCAUUGAAUAUUCAUCGUCUCAUCGUCGCUCUGGAACUCGUUCUAAGAAAUCCCAGAUUCAAAACGAGGGAAGUGACUCAGGAACAAUGUCCGGAACACUUUCUCCAAGCUCUACAUCAUCACACCGCCAUCGUCACCAGUCACAACAAGAACCAACUACACAAAAUUCAAGAAGAUCUACAAAAUCACCGAAAGUUAUCGACGACGAACCGCUUAACUUCUCCGAUGGUCAUAGCAUGGGCCCUGUCAGCGAGGAUAGUAACAUUUCUGACUCAAUUGUCCUUGAUGAACCAUCAGAAAAAUCAGAAUCUUACUCAAGUGCAUCAUCCAGCCGCAAGAAGGGCACACAGUCUACACGGCCAACAGAGAAAGGCACAGCGACAUCGGCUAAACGUCGUCCAGUUGUUUUAGUCCCACAAGAGCAAAAUCCAAAUGAUGAUUUGAUUCUUUCCGAUAGUUCAGAGAGCCGCAGUAGUCGUAGAAGACGAGAUCCACAACCAAGACGUUCUAGCCGCAACAACGGUGCCAAAGAUGCAGAUAAUCUUUCUGAAUCGAGUGGUCUCAACAUUUCUGUCUCAUCGCAUUCAUCAGAUCGUCGCCGCCGUGACAAGUACAUUGGUGGCACUCGCGAUCAAGUUCCAAUGAGUUCAGAUACAGGAAUUGCUGACGAACAAAGUCGAACUAAAGUUUCAUCGAAAGAUUUCGGAAGCAAAGCACAGAACACAUCCAAAGUUUCAUCACAUACAGGUGAUACAAAGCCAAUUUCAGGAUACACAUCUAAGACUAAACAAACAGGACCUCUUGCAAGUGGUUCAACAAAUCCAAGAAGUACUGAUUUCCAGAAUUUCCUAGGAACAGGAACAAGCACAAGCGAUGCACAUAGAGCUAUUAGGAAUGAUGAAUCAGGCCAAGUAUCAACAACAUCAGGUGAUUACUCACGAACAGAUUCAAGAAUGAAAUCAAACACAUCCGAUUUCAACUCUGAAAAAUUCAAACCAUUCCAAGACGGAAAGAAUAACAUGAGAAAUGCGACAUCCACUGCUACUGAUUCUACUUAUACAAAGUCAAGUCGGAGUACUCGAUCUCGCAGGUCUACUCAAUCUAGUCAAUCACAAAGUCAAGGAGAACAAAAUUCUUAUUAUGAUGAAUAA